GCUUUUAUCCUCGCGUCCGUGCGUGACAGCGGCUGUCCCCGCCGUGGGGCCAGAACGGGGAGCAGAAGGGCGGUGGUUGGGCCGUGCAGUGGGAGCUCUCCCGGAGCCCACGCAGGACUCGCACGGUCGGUGUUUGCUGCACUAGCACGGCUGUCCCCGCUCGCAGGCGGAAGAGGCGCGGGGCCCGCCUGGCUGCAGCCUGUUGCAGAAGUGGCUCCAACCUGUGCCCGUCCCGCUCUCCCUCUCUCCGUGCCGUGCCCUGCCCCGGCUCUGCCUCCCGCUCAGCCGAGGCUCAGCGCCCCUGCCCGCAGCCGCGCCUGGUCUCGCAUGCUGCCCGGGGCAAAGAUCGGCGGUGCCCGUGGGCCAAGAGGCGCUUCGUGGCCUCUCGGGUGCGCACAGAGCUGGGCCGAGCCGCCCCUCCUUCCUCCUGUCCGGUUACCUCCGCACAAUGGGCACAGUGUGUGCCUGCGGCUUCCUCGGCGGGAAUUACAGUUGCAUGGGCAGGCACUUUAUCCUUCCUGAUCUCUCCUUUUCCCCCCCGAGGGUUUGUUUUCCAGCAGGCUGAGUUCAAAAAGGGCACGAGAUACCGCUGGCAAGCAGUCUGGCACUAAACAAACCUUUUUAGUCAGAAUCACAUGGAUUAGACCCAACUUUCCAUUCACGUGCGGUGCUACCUGCGAGCUUCUCUGAAUUUCAUGAUGGCUGGGCUGUUAGAGUAAGUGCGAAGGUGACAGCAAGCUCCAAAACUCUCAAGUACAGCUGAGAUGUCUUUUCUGCCCUUCAAGCUAAGAAACCUUGGUUAGAGGGGGUCCUUACAGGCACCACCAGGCCCUGCAAACUUCUCCAGCAGUUCCUAGAUACUCCUGCAACAUUGGCAGCCUUCAAAGGCUCUAGGAUGCCAGGGCCAGCUGGACUCGGGCUGCCCACCUGAUCCUCAUUGCCCCUGUCCUGCCAGCACAUCAUGUUGCGCUCCUGGCGCAUGAAGCUGAAGCUGCUGCUCGCCACAGUGACCCUGGCCAUUCUCYUCUCCUGGCUCUACCUCUUUGUGGGCAGCCUCGAAUAUGGCCGCUUCCUCCUGCUGCCGCCGUGUCUGGGCGAGCAGCCGAGCCGGGAUGUGGAGCGGGAGGCGCUGGCCUCACGGGUGCGCAGGGUGGAGGAGGAGAACCAGCAGCUGCGGCUGCAGCUCGGCCAGGCACAGGCGGAGGGCAGCGAUGGCAGCCCGCAGUGGGGAGCUUCUGCUGAGGACAGAGACGCCCCCAGGGGCGAGAGGAGCAACCGCACRGCCUGCCCCAAGCAGCGGACAGUGCACAAGUGUGAGCUCCUGCACGUUGCGAUUGUGUGUGCUGGGCACAAUGCGAGCCGGGACGUGGUCACCCUGGUGAAAUCCAUCCUCUUCCACAGGAAAAACCCCCUCCACUUCCACUUCAUCACGGACUCGGUGGCCCACCAGAUCCUCCAGACGCUCUUCCAGUCCUGGAUGGUGCCUUCUGUCCAUGUCAGCUUCUACAACGCCGAUGACUUGAAGGCAGAGGUGUCGUGGAUCCCCAACAAGCACUACUCCGGCAUCUAUGGGCUGAUGAAGCUGACACUUACCAAGGCACUGCCCUCCAACCUCUCCAAGGUCAUUGUCUUGGACACGGACAUCACCUUUGCCACUGACAUUGCUGAGCUCUGGGCUGUCUUCGGGAAGUUUUCUGAAAAGCAGGUGAUUGGGCUGGUGGAGAACCAAAGUGACUGGUAUUUGGGCAACCUGUGGAAAAACCACAAACCAUGGCCAGCCCUGGGACGUGGCUUCAACACGGGGGUGAUCCUGCUCCUGCUGGACCGCCUACGGCGCCUGGGCUGGGAGCAGAUGUGGCGGCUGACAGCRGAGCGGGAGCUCAUGAGCAUGCUCUCCACCUCACUGGCUGAUCAGGAUAUCUUUAACGCGGUGAUCAAACAGGAUCCAUCCCUGGUGUACCGGCUUCCCUGCUUCUGGAACGUGCAGCUGUCAGAUCACACCCGCUCAGAGCAGUGCUACACUGAGCUCUCAGAUCUAAAGGUGAUCCACUGGAACUCGCCCAAGAAGCUGCGGGUGAAAAACAAGCAUGUGGAGUUCUUCCGUAACCUCUACCUGACCUUCUUGGAGUAUGACGGGAACCUGCUGCGCAGGGAACUUUUUGGCUGUGCCAGUCUUCCCAGCCCCCCCAGGGACCAGUUACAGCAGGCGCUGGAAGAGUUGGAUGAAGACGAUCCCUGCUAUGACUUCCGCCAGCAGCACCUCAUGCAGCACCGCAUCCACCUGUUUUUCCUGCAGUACGAGUUCCUGGCCCUCCCCGACCCCACCGAUGUCACCCUCGUGGCCCAGCUCUCCAUGGACAGGUUACARAUGCUGGAGGCCAUCUGCAAGCACUGGGCAGGGCCCAUCAGCCUGGCGCUGUACAUGUCGGACGCCGAGGCGCAGCAAUUCCUGCGCUAUGCCCAGGCCUCGGAGGUGCUGAGCGCGCGCCGCAACGUCGCCUACCACAUUGUGUACAAGGAGGGGCAGUUCUACCCCAUCAACCUCCUGCGCAACGUGGCCUUGGCCAACACGCAGACGCCGUACGUCUUUCUGACGGACAUCGACUUCCUGCCUAUGUAUGGCCUCUAUGAUUACCUCAGGAACUCCAUCCAACAGCUGGAGCUGCCCCAGAGGAAGGCGGCUCUCAUCGUGCCGGCAUUUGAGACCCUGCACUACCGUCUGACCUUUCCCAAAUCCAAAGCAGAGCUGCUCUCCAUGCUGGACAUGGGCUCCCUCUACACCUUCAGGUACCACGUGUGGCCAAAAGGCCACGCCCCAACGGACUACGCCAAAUGGCGGACAGCCACUGUGCCCUACCGYGUGGCGUGGCAGCCAGACUUCGAGCCUUACGUUGUAGUGAGGCGAGACUGCCCCAAGUAYGACCAGAGGUUCGUGGGCUUCGGCUGGAACAAAGUCUCCCACAUCAUGGAGCUGGACGCGCAGGAGUACGAGCUGCUGGUCCUGCCCAAUGCCUUCAUGAUCCACAUGCCCCAUGCCCCCAGCUUCGACAUCUCUAAGUUUCGCCUGAGCGCAGGGUACCGGGGCUGCCUCCAGACGCUGCGGGAGGAGUUCCACCAGGACCUGUCCCGGCGAUACGGGGCUGCUGCACUCAAAUACCUCACUGCCGAGAGAAGCCUGUGACACCUGGGGACAGUGGGUGWGGGGUACAAGCAGCACACUGGAGAAGGGAGGGCACAGGGCCUCCCUCCUGCCCCUGCCCACCGCCACAGCCCGGCCCGAGGGAACCGAAUCUGCAGUACAGCCUCUCCAGCUCACCAAAGGGAUGCCUGUAGAUAACAUGGAAGAUAUCAGCUGCAAGARCAGGCAGUGCCUGCAGGUCAAGCUGCUGUGGCCUUCCUGUGGUACAGGAGAACCCCCCCAUGCCAGGGGCCAGGGGUGGAGUCUUCUCCCUAACCUCUUUCAGUGGAUGUGGAUUCCUGGUCUUCACUAGCCCACCUCACCUAGAGGCCUGGAUCCUCCAGAGACAUGGGAGCUGUACCUUACUCUGUUCUGCCUCUGCUCAAUGGUCCCAGGUCCCAGUCCUCCACCCACCACUCCAGGGCUUUGAUGAGCUGGAGAUGAGGUUGUAGGGCAGCAUCCCUUUACAUCCUUUGUGGAGUAACCUCAGAAGAAGCCUUCUGGCAUUCUGGGUGGAAUGGCCAGGGAGUACUGGGAGGAGUUGGAGCCUUGUUUCAAUCCCAGAUCGAGGCUGGCUGGUUAGUGGGGGGAAAURUUAUUAUUCCCCAUCUGUCUGGAUGCAGUCUCCAGKGGAGCUGGCCCUGUACWWGUGGUGUGGGAGUCUCCCAGAGUAGGAUGGGCUGUCUGCUGUCCMCAGCAGUGAGCUCCCAGGAUGGAGCUGCACCUCCCAGCUGGGAGCAGCCAUGCCGAUGACAGACCCUGUCCUGUGCUGGCAUUGCCCCGCAGGGUAGGGCAGGGCUGCCAACCCUCCCUGUGGGCAAAACAGCAGCUUUGUGGGCCAGCACAUGCUGGGAGAAGUGCCUGGAAGGGACCACCCUGCUCCUCCCCAGCUCUUGGCAGCACAGUCCACAUUGCUAUCACCAAUCAGGGAUGUGACUGACAUGGGACAAGACCACAGCUGAGCACUGUGGCAGGAGCCCCAUGCUGGGAGCAGCUUGACUGGACACUGUUCUACUGCUAUCACACACUGGAGCACAGAGGAUGCGUUGCUUUCCUCACAYUAUUUAAAUUAUUUAAUACUUUUCUCAUGAGAAUUCAGUAAUUAGGGUGUCUGGGUUUUUUUGUUUUAAUCUUUUCUUCUUCCCAGAUGAUUUUGCUGGUGGCCCUGGAGGCUCUCCAGGCCAGUUGCUGCUGCAGUCUCCACUGUUCUCUUCUUAGCUUUGCUCUGGGCUGCAAGACCCAGCUCUGUGCAGGGUGAGGAUUUCCGUCCAUGGUGGGAGAGGCUAAGAGGAACCAUAGAAAACGCGGGGUAUGGAAAGGGCACAAGCGCCUCUUGCUUAUUCUCUGUUUUUAAUUUAAUUUUUAAAUUAAAGCUUUUUUAUUCUUUUUCA